AUGGCAUGGAAAUGGAAGUACUCCCCCAAGGAACAGCUGGAGGAUAUGAGCAGCCUGCACCCAGGGCUCACAGGGCUGCAGAACCUGGAGAACACGUGCUACAUGAACGCAGUGCUGCAGUGCCUCUGCAGCCUGACCCCGCUCGUGCAGUAUUUCCUCUCAGGGAAGUGGAACACAGCCCUGCACGAGGAGAUUGGAGAGUCUGCGACUGCCUUUGGCUGUUUGGUGUCUGACAUGUGGCUUGGAGAGUUUGACUUUGUUUCCCCUGAGGCUUUUCACUCUGUCUUUGGGAAGCGGUACCCAGCUUUUAGCAGGAGGACUCAGCAUGAUGCACAGGAGUUCCUCAUCUGUGUCCUGGAUGACCUCCACGAGGCUUUCAAGCAGGUGAGAGCCCAGCUCCAAGAAAGACAGAGCUCUGCUGCAGGAGCAAGCACAAGGAGUAGCAGUGGCACAUCUAUUGUAACACACUUAUUUGAGGGACAGCUCAGUUAUGCCAUCAGGUGUCUGAGAUGCAAAGCCCUCAGUGACAGACCCGAGAGCUUCACUGUCCUCUCCCUGCCCAUCCCUUCCACCAGAGUGUGCUCUCUGCAGGACUGCCUGGAAUGCUUUUUUCAGCCAGACACCCUGACUCAGAACAACCAAAUCCACUGCUACUGGUGUGGAAGCAACCAAGAUGCAACAGUAAAGGCCUCCAUAACCAAGGCACCACAGAUCAUCAUCUUUCAUCUAAAGAGGUUUGCCUGGCAGGACAAGCACCGAAGGAAACUCUCAACCACUGUCUGCUAUCCAUUCAGUGAUCUGGAUCUCUCUCCCUACAUCUCCACAUCGUGUCACAACAAUACAGAGUACAGCUUGUGUGCUGUAGUGAACCAUGCUGGAGAUCUGGAUUAUGGCCACUACACGGCCUUCUGCAAGCACUCAAUCACCCAACACUGGUACAGCUUUGAUGAUGCCCAGGUCACCAAGAUCCCAGACUCUGCAGUGCAGGCUGACACAGCUUACCUCCUCUUCUACAUCUCCCAAGGCUACUGA